AUGGAAGAAUCAGACGAUGAGCUUGAAAUUUUCUACAUCGACGAUGAAGACAAUGUGCAAGGUCCAUAUGGAGCCAAACACGUGCUGGGAUGGUACCGAAAUGGUCAUUUUCACGACGAUCAUCAAUUCAAGAUUGUUGAUUGCGCGCAACAUGGCGAGCUGGUUACUUAUGAAGCUUAUCUUGGCGAUCUAAAGUCCAGAUUUGGAGUUGAGGCUCCUAUCCCGACAAAGAUGGAACAGUUUCAAUUUCGGGGGUUUCUGCUGACUCCAAAGUCAAACAAGAAGCCAAUUUCCGGAGGUCCGAUGGACUCAACGAGUGAUGAAGUUCCGGAGGAAACUGGACCAACUGAAGAAAAGAUGGAUGAGAAUCAUGAAAAUGAUUCUAAUGUGGUCAGGAAAGACGAACCGCCAGCACACCCAAGAAAGAGCUAUAUCGCAAGCCCGGUAUGUGUUAGCCAAAAAAAAAUUUUGGACCAAAAAACAAAAAAUUGA